AUGAUAAGACGAAAUAUAUUAGUUAUACAGGGAAGAUCAUUUUGUCAAUCUUCAUAUUUAGCAGAAAGUUUAAAACCAAAACCUGACAUCGAGAAUAAAGUAACAACUAAUGGCGAUUCAAACGACAUCACUAAGAUAGCACUUAAUACAAACAAGCCUGGAGAUGAUGGCUCAUUAAAGAGAGAUGAUAGGGUAAAAAAUUUAAUUAAUCGGCUUACGGCAACUGGACGACACGAAGCUAAACGAAAUCCGACUACGACGAAUGCAAGCGAUGCCUAUAAAUUGUUUCAAAAUCCAGAUAAAUUGAAAGCCUUGAAAAGAAUGUUUGCACAACCAAAGGUAUCCAAAAGGCGGGUCAAAAAACAUGUUAAGGAAAAGUUUCAAAAAAAGCAUACUGAAAAGAAUACCAAGACAUCAACUGAACCAUUCUUCAAAGACAAGUCAACAGAUAAAUAUUUAACGAGUAACAACAUCAAGAAGCACAAUUUAGAACAAUUUGUUGCCCCUAAAAAUGAAGAUAUUGCAAGACUAGCUCAUAAUUUAGAUCGAGUAUUAUUUUCACCAGGAGUCCAUUUUUUACAAGACCCUAGAACUCGAAUAUAUAAUUUUUCCCCAUUUUUGAAAAAAGUGAUCCAUUAUAAAGAUUUCAAUUUUAAAGCUAUUGAGAAUUAUACACCAGUAUCGAAACAUCAACAAUUGUUGGAAAACUCCCAAAAAUUUGAAAAACAAUUCUAUUCGUCAACUUCUUCCAUGACAUCUUUAUUAUCGAAAUUUUAUCAUUUUUUGAAUAAAUAUGAUAGAUAUAAUGUUAAACGGUUUGGUCCGAUUCCAUUCACAGGGAUGAGUAAUGACUUGCCAACUAAUUUGAUUCUAAAACCUCAAGGUGAGUUUAUGGAUUCAACAACAAAGGAGAAGAAACCAGUCUAUUCUAUUCAAGCUGAUAAUUCGUGUGAUUUAGAUACUUUACUUAGUGCCAUGGGGAUGUGCAUGGAAACAUUAUUAACAAACCCACAAAAUGAAUUUGUCAAGUACCAUAAGGAUAGUGGUGUUGAGUUUAAUGAACCACUUGGUAAUACUUAUAACUAUGCAUCUUAUGGGGACUUUUUAUUGAGAUCACAGUUGGAUUGCUAUGAUGAAAGAUUACCAGGAAAUGGUACUUUUGAUUUGAAAACUCGAGCAUCCAGUAACAUUAGAUAUAAUUCCAAAAGUGGAUCUUUAGAGAAGAAUGAUUAUCAGAUUUGGAGAUUGAAUGGCACUUAUGAAUCCUACGAACACGAGUUCAGAGAUAUGAUAAGAACUGGAGCCAUGUUGAAGUACUUAUUCCAGGCAAGAAUAGGGCAAAUGGAUGGUAUUUUCAUUGCCUAUCAUAGUAUCAAUACCAUAUUUGGUUUCCAAUAUUUGCCGCUUGAGGAAUUAGAUAAAUUGUUUUACACUAGAGACACCAUUAGUGAAUUCCCUGACGUUAGUGUCAGAAAUUUGAAUGAACAUAGAUUGCCUGACAAGUUACCAUCCUUGAUUGGGGAAACACAAUUUAAGUUUUCGUUGGAAAUCUGGCAAAAGUUAUUACAAGAACAUAUUUUGAAAGAUUUGAACAAAGAAUUCAACAAUAAGCCAACUCCAUUUAGAUUGAGUGUGAAAUAUGACGCAUUAGCACAUCUAUUAAGAGUGUUUGUUAUACCAGCUACUGAUGAAGAGAUUGAUGUGUUACAAUCAUUUCCAGAAAGAUUCAAACGUGAUUUUGCUGAAGAUGAGAAUUUGGGUGAGGUGAAGAAACACGCCAGAGAGUUAACAAAGUUCAACGAAAAAUGUCUUGAAACAAAGGAAGUAUUCUCCUAUGUUAUUCAAAUGGAUUCAUGUAUGAUUGAUGGUAAAAUUAGACAAUACCAUCAAUUACCCCGUGACUAUUUCAAAGAUUGGCAAUUAAUAUAUAAUAUCAAGAGAACGAGCAACGCUCCUAAGAAAUACGUCAGCAAUUUAUUGAGAUUCCCUGAUACAAAGAUUUCUCAACGUUUAAAGAAAGUUCAUCAACUUUAUGAAAAAAUAGGAUCAAUUAGAAAAAAGUCAUGGCAAGAAAAAGACAAAAAAUCACAAGUGUAUCAUCCCAAAUUCAAGUUUUGA